AUGUUCGUGCAGCAAGAGGCGUUAGAGAGAGUUACCGCAGGGGCAAGAACACGGGUGUCAAACCUUACGCGGGAGGAGGAAUUGCUGCUUCGUGGUGUGCGGCCUGGCAGUGAAUUUGCGCCGCUGCUAUAUUCGGCCCUUUCCCCGCCGCAUAGCAGGGCUGAGGGUGUGAGGCCCGUCCACUCCGCAGGCGUGCGCGGAGUUGCCGCUGCUGGUUAUGGCAGUGGCUAUAACUUGAAAGGGGAAGAGGUUUCAAGCGGCGUAAUGGAGAAAACGCAAACAAUCAGUCCUCCGAAGAAUGUUGGUGCAAAUUUACACCACAAAAACUUUGCGGCCUCUCCUGAUGUUGAAACUGGGAUUGGCUACUCUUCACAAGCCAGACGCCCUGGAAACAUGCAGGGUUGUGCAAUGCCGCGCACUUCACCACGUGUUCUUGUUCCCUCUCUCAUGCCUAUGUGUGAUGCGGCACCGCCUGCACCACCACAACCACUUCCACACAAUGUGAGUUUGAGCGGCUUCCGUGGUGGGGCACUUCCCCCAUUGAAUACUGAGGCAUCCAACGAUGUGGACCUGGCGAAAGUUCCUUUAAAAGGGCUCACAGGUAGCCCAAGGCUACAAACACCUGGACAACCAAAAGCGUUUACUAGUGGUUCAAUCCCUAUCAGUGACACUAAGGCAAGGCUUGCCGAACUGGGCGACUUCAACCUACCGCUUAGCUGGCCCUCGCACGAAGACCAUGCGAAACACCUCGCUGGACGCGGGCGCAUUGGCAAAAAGGCACCGUUAGCCCCUUUGAGGACCUUCGGCAAAAGUGCAGCGGGGAUUACUGCCAAAAAGGCGAUUCCAUCAUCUGGGAAGGCGCAGCAAAGCGGACGGUUGUGA